AUGGAAGGCCCGAUCAAACACAAGGCCCUAAUAAAUGUUGAUAUGGGUGAAGGAUACGGGAAUUGGAGCAUUGGUCCUGACGCAGAUUUGCUUCCUCUAGUCGACCACGCAAAUAUUGCCUGCGGUUUUCAUGCGUCAGAUCCUCUGAUUAUGAUGGAGACUGUCCAAAAUUGCAUCAAGCAUGGAGUCAAAAUUGGUGCACACCCUGGCUUCCCAGACCUGCAGGGUUUUGGAAGGCGAGAGAUGAAACUCACUCCAGACGAGCUCACCGCUAUGAUCGUUUACCAAGUUGGCGCAUUGAAGGGGUUCUUGGACCGCGAGGGCGCACCGUUGCAUCACGUCAAACCCCAUGGCAUGCUCUAUGGGAUGUGCUGCAAGGAUUAUGAAACGGCCAAGGCAGUGUUUCUUGGGAUUCCAAAGGGUGUGCCCAUAUUUGGCCUGGCGGGUACCUGCAUGGAGCUGGCUGCGAGGGACCUGGGGAUUGAAUUCAUUGCAGAGUUUUAUGCCGAUGUCAAGUACAAUGCAGACUCAAGCUUGGUGAUAGAACGGAAGAAACGUCCCUGGAAUACUGAUGAAGUCUACGCUCGAGUCACCCAACAGCUCCAGACAAGCACUGCCCCUGCAGUCGAUGGGUCAACUUGUACCAUUCCGGUAAAAAACCACCCAGUUUCGAUUUGUUGUCACUCAGAUGUCCCAGGUUGCGUGGAAGUCGUCAAGGCUACUCGAGCGGCCGUAGAUGCUUUUAAUAAGUCUUACUUUCCUGGUGCAUAG